AUGUUACCUAGUGUCCUGCCAACGUUGACACAACAAAAAAAUGAUCUCGAACGACCAUUAAACGUUUAUACUGCUCAAUUCUUGCUAACGGCAGAUAUCCAGCACGACAACGUUAUUGCUUGUCGCGACUAUGUGCUGAAAAAUGGAAGUUAUAUCAAUGUUCCGGAACUUCACAAAAGCAACGAAAGAGCUAUUGAGGUUCGUCAAAAAGGCAACGAACUAUAUUUGGCUAGAAAGUAUCAAGCGGCUUUGGAGAAAUAUAACGAAAGUAUCUGUUGGUCCGAAACAGGCUCAAUACAUUUGGGCAUCGGUUAUGCCAACAGGUCAGCUGUCCAGUUUGAACAAGAAAAUUACGAUAUAGCUCUGAGAGAUAUAAAACUGGCAAAACUUCACAAUUACCCUGAAAACCUUAUGCCAAAGCUUUUAAGACGUGAAGUUGAUUGUAAAGACAAAUGCCGUAAUCUUAACCUAAAUAAUCAACAAUUUCGACGUAUAGCAGUAAAAUUACCAGCGGCCGGAAUACGAAUGGAACAACUGCCAGGAUAUGGCCGCAGUAUGGUCGCUGAUCGAAAUUUCAGCCCAGGUGACGUUAUUUUGGAGGAAAAACCGCUGUUGUCUAUCGUCAACGAUGAGGCGAAAUAUUGGAACUGCGAUUAUUGUUCGGCUAAUAAUUGGCAUAGUUUGAUUCCAUGCCCAAACUGCCCGUCGGUGAUGUACUGCAAUCAAGAGUGCCUAGAGAAAGGUUGGCGAUUUGCACAUCGCUUCGAGUGUGGAAUCUCUACGAAACUUCAUAAUUUAUCACUAGUAGCAGUCCGGUUGGGUCCACGAAUGUUUUUUUAUGCCCUCACACUUUUCGAAGAUAAUGCAGAGCGCAUGAUGGACUUCUGUAAGACGAAUGCUAGGGACGGAAGUAAUCCGUUGAAUUUCAAUUAUGCUAGCUAUGAUCCGAUUGAGGAACUAAAACUUUUCCAAAAAAUGCACAUUCCUAGUGACAAAAGACUAUCUGAUGGAACACUUGACACAGGCAUUUUUCAAAUGCUCCAUGCGGCUGUUUUCUUUUCAGUAUAUAUGCAGCACCCACUUGUUAAAUCAAUCUUCACUACAGAAGAGAAACAGAUAUUCAUGAUCCAUUGCAUUCAAGAUUACCAAAAAUGCAUUAAUCAUCUCAUCAUGGUGCCUGAGAGCUUUAUUAAUUACAUCUACCCGGUGGCAUCCAUAUGUAACCAUUCGUGCGAUCCCAACACAUUCUUUAUAAAAUGUUCCGGUCAAUUAAAGUACAUUGUCAAUCGUCCCAUAGCCAAAGGUGAACAGAUUACCAUCUCCUAUGGACCAAGAUUUCGAGUCUCUUCUAAGUUUGACAAUAUGAAGCUAAUGGAAAUACUGCACUUGCAUUGCAUCUGUGAUGUUUGCAAUAAACACAAGCUUAAGAAGCGAUUGCUCAAAGAGGAACUACAACCACCUGUUCCCCUGCAGCAUUUGGGAACAAUAAUAGGAGUGGUAGAAAAUCCUAAUUGCAACAUGGCGGCCAAAUUAACCGCUCUUACUUUACUCAUGUAUCCAUAUCAGCCGGUUCGGCAGAACAACGAGAUGAAGUUAGGGUUUUCCACUGUCGACGAUCGCCUGAUAUCGCUUUCACUUGACUUACCACCAGGAACGGUUCGCAUCGACGGUCUGAAUAUCGCUGAUUAG